AUGUCCUUUCUGCCCUCAAAAGAGCGUAUCGACAGUAAUGAAACAACGAAAAUGAACAGAAACAAGGAAAAUGCUUCUAGCGACCCAGCAAACCCAACAACGUCGAAACUAUCGCUUGCGUUGAAGGAAGCUGGUGAGGAGUUGCCGGACCCGCACGAGCACCAUUUCGAGCACGAAGAGGAAAUCCUCAAAGAGGUGACACAAAAGUUGACAAACCUGAAGGAUGAAGACCUUACCAAGGCCAAUCAUCAGGCUACUACGACUUUCGUAAAUGAGCACGUUGUGGAAGGAGAAAAUAUUAAGGAGCCAGCAAGUCUGAAACAGCUUUUGCAGGCACAAUUGGGAGAAGACAUUUCAAACGAUUCCGACACAGACUCAGAUGUGGAUCCAGCGAAUGAAGAAGAUCUGGAAGACUACGUUCCUGGCGGUUACCAUCCGGCUUAUCUUGGGGAAACAUACAAAGACGGUCGAUACGUUUUGGUGCGAAAACUGGGAUGGGGCCACUUUUCCACCGUCUGGCUUGCCAAAGACAUACAGGAGAAUAGACACGUUGCUAUGAAGGUUGUGCGGAGCGCCAAAUCCUACAGAGAAACAGCCAUUGAUGAGAUAAAGCUUUUGUCCAAAAUCAAUCACACAGACCCGCAGCAUCCAGGCCAUAGGCAUCUCAUCAAAUUGCUUGACUACUUCGACCACCAAGGACCUAAUGGAACGCACAUUUGCAUGGUUUUCGAAGUGCUGGGCGAGAAUUUACUGAGCCUGAUCCGCAGAUACAAGCACAAAGGUUUGCCGAUCAAAUUUGUGAAACAGAUCGCCAAACAAAUCUUACUAGCGUCGGAUUUUCUACAUCGACAAUGUGGCAUAAUCCAUACCGACAUCAAACCAGAAAACAUUCUUUUGGAGAUUGAAGAUGUGGAAAAGCUUGUCAAAUAUUUAGAAGACUCUCAAAGAGAGAGAAAACUUUUGAGAAGGGUAUCGUCCAAACUUAAAGCAUCUGGUGUGGAGGCCAGCUCGUCUUCAUUGGACGAAGAGAAGAGACAGAUACCGUUCAGAAAAAGCCGUCAUUCAAGACGUCAAACGCUAGUGACAGGGUCGCAGCCCCUUCCGUCGCCGCUGAGAUCUAAAUCAAGCUCAUUUUUCGUUUCACCAUUGAAAUCCUCAAUUUCUACGUUUGCUGGUAGAACUGCCGGAAACGUCCCUAUUCGUUCAGAAACAUCUCAGCAAGACCUGCAAUUUCUGCUGGACAAGAGUUUCAAAGAUUCGGAUCCAUAUUCUGCCGAGCCACCGCGGGAGGACGAGCUUGAGGACGAUGACCUAAUUACAGUAAAGAUAGCAGACUUGGGAAAUGCAUGUUGGGUUCAUAGACAUUUCACCGACGAUAUCCAGACCAGACAGUACAGGGCUCCAGAAGUGAUUUUGGGAGCCAACUGGGGAUGUUCAUCAGACAUUUGGUCGGUGGGGUGCUUGUUGUUUGAGCUUCUGACCGGAGACUACCUUUUUGAUCCUACAGAGGGCCCCACUUUUAGCAAGAACGACGACCAUCUGGCGCAGAUAAUUGAGCUGGUUGGUCCCAUAUCUCAUCGCGUGCUGGAAGAAGGCUUCAACACUAAAAGAUAUUUCCAUUCCGACAUGAAGACACUACGCCAGAUCAAGAAUUUAAAGCCGUGGCCACUUGAGAGUGUUCUGAUGGAGAAGUACAAGUUCAGCGAGACGGAUUCGCGCGAGAUUAGUGAUUUUCUUGGCUGUAUGUUAAUCACCGAUCCCAAAUUCCGGAUGGAUGCUGCUGGACUAUCUAAUCACUUUUGGCUGAACGACUGUGGUUCAUUUGGGUACAUUGACCGUGAGCCAGGGACAAGAGGUGAAGACGUUGGCGCUGGGUGGUACAGAGAGGUGCGCAAACACCACUAA